AUGCCCCCACCACCAAGCCAGAGGGCCGACAUCGAGCCACCCGAAGAACUCACCACGGAAGCUAUGAAAGGUUUCAUGACGGGCGUGUUCCGCUUCGGGUCUGUCUCGAUUCUCGCCCAUAUGAUCAUGAUCCUUCCUCAUCCGUUCACCUUUGCGAACCCCCAGCCUCCUGCUGCUCCCGAGUCACAACCACGUCCUCGACAGUCACCCUUCUCCCGCGAGUAUAUCCGCUCACGCCUCUUCUACCGACCACUAGAGGGUUUCUCGAAGUGGAUUUCACCCCAAGCUCGUAUUUACCAGGGACUGACGCCACAGUUCAAGGUCUUCAUACAGAUGGCGAUCAUGACCCUGGGCGGCUGCAUCUGGGCGGAGAAACGAGUGAACGAGUACAUUGAUCUUAUCCGGAAGAUUAAACGAGCAGAGCGAUACCAGGCUGAGCGGGAGCGUGGCACCCGUCGAUAA